AAUAUAUUUAUUACAUUCAAAAAAUGAACCGACUACUGGGAUGUCUAGAUUGCGUUCAAACUGAGGCCUACAACACACUGGAAGAUCUCGAAGCACACAUUGCUAGUGAUCAUCUUAACAUAUGCCCAUAUGAAUGCGAAAAAUGUAAGUACGCUAAGUUUCCAACGGAAUUCGCCCUUGUCAGUCACUGUAUGAAUGAUCAUGGACUCACCGAAUUUUCUAUAAAAUAUCGCUACACACCGGAGUUGAGUAUGAAAAAGAAGGAACUGACCCAAAAGCUCGAACGGUGCAUUGCAAUGAGUCGAUCUAUGCGGAUUGAAGGGAAAAUCAGCGAUGCGGUGUCAAGCACAGUGGAGAACAGAGUCAAAGUCGAAAACUCAGAAGCAACUGGCACACCUAUUCAGUCAUCUUCUCCUGUUGUCUUCGUAGAUAAUGCUUAUCAUGCCUUUCUAGACGAAACUCUGGCACGUCACGAAGAAGAACGUGGAGCCGGUCCUUCAUUCGAGGGAGCAUCUGAUGGCGGUGGUCCGAUCAAGCCGAAGCAACAAAUUCAAUGUUCUCUUUGUGGAGACGUUGUUUCCAAACAAAGAUCAAGCAUGGUGUAUCAUGCAAAUACGCGUCACGGAAAAUAUGAGCUCUACGAGUGCGGAAUCUGUCACAGAAAAUGGCAGACAAUUGCAAAAUCUGAUGUGAUCAAGCACAUAAAAAGCCAUCACGAGAGACCCGACGGAACCAUCGACUGCGACAUGGUUAUUGACUAUCGAAAAAAUCUAGGAAACAAGCUGAAAGAAAUUACUGAAAAAUGUUUUCCGGAGCGAAAGAAAAAGAGAAUUGGAUACACGGAUUUGCCAGAAUAAAUAUCUUGAAACGAUUUAAAAGUUGUUUUCUCAUCGUCCCAAUUGUUAGAAUUACUGUUAAAAUACUAACUGAUACGGUUUAUUUUUGUUAAAUACAAUUUUUCUUUUU